UCAUGGUUGAGCGAACCUAGUUUUAAUUCCACACAAAUCUCAAUUCUCUCUCCCUCUCCAAAUCUCCAGAUUAUCACCAUCUCGGCAUCUCCAGAUCCCUAUUCCUUCCAUGGCAGGGAGCUGCUGCGAGUAGAAAUAAUCAAGGGAAGAACUUCGAUUCCAUGUCACGCACUGUCUCCACCCUCCAUCUAAGCUCCCUCAAUCACUCUCUUCCAAAUUAAUACCCUAAUUCCCUGAGGUGGUCGCUGCUCCUCGUCUUAUCUUCUUCUUCUUCCAGUCCACUCGUAUUUUUUUUUGUUUCCUCGAGUUUGAAUCUGUUUUUCCAUUUUUAUUGAUUGCUCCAUCGGAAGGGAUGGCUGCUUAAUUUAUUGGGUUGGGUCAUACUGAUAUUUAUUGUUUCAAGCCAGGACGGUCCUUGCUUGCUUAAUACUUCUUUGGUGUUGUAUAACGGAUAUCGUGUACUUACUUCUGUUUGUAAUUUACCUUCUCCUUGUUCUUCAAUUUGCUUUCUUCGUCAGUAAUGGAGUUCUGGUAUUCUGAUUGGGUUGACUCACCUGCAAAACUUAGGGUUUUUUCCUUUUUCUGGACUACUGUUAGAAAUCUAUUGAUUUGCUGGUGAUUAUCAUUCUGCUUAUCGUGUUCAUCAUUUAAGCCUUGCAUUUGUUCCUUAAAAGGUUUUGUCUAGACAUAUCUGUCCAAACCCUGUUUUUUGCUGUAAUUGCCAUUGUUUUGGUGGGAGAUUUGUCUGCAAAAUGGAGGAAGAGAACAAUGGUACUAUGAACCUUGAUCUCAAUUUAGGACCUGGUGAUAAUUCUAAUGAUGAUAGAGAGCCUACAUCAGGAUCUUAUGGUAAUGUUACUGUGGAUUUGGAGGAUUGGUUAGAUGAUCCAGCUCAUAGAAUUAGGGGUGUUGUCGGACACAGGAGUCAACGGUGGCGGAGAUCGUUAUGGAGGGAACUUCCUAUUCCCCCCGAAACACAAAAUCUCGCGCUGGAAUUAAUCGGCGACAGUGCACCCCAAACUGGCGAGGGUAGUGUGGCUUCUGAGGAACGGCCUGUCGAGGUAGCUAAAAUCUGUGAAAAUGGUGGUGGUUUUGAUGAAGACGAGGUCCCAUGUAAGAAGAAAGAUGGUGGCAAAGGUAAUGGCGAUGACGGGAGUUUCUUUGAUUGCAAUAUAUGCUUAGAUUUAGCUAAGGAUCCGGUUGUUACUUGCUGCGGCCAUUUAUUUUGCUGGCCAUGUCUUUACCAGUGGUUGCAUCAUCAUUCCGAUGCCAAGGAAUGCCCUGUUUGCAAGGGCGAGGUUACUACAAAAAGUGUGACGCCAAUUUACGGCCGUGGGAAUGUUAAUCCCGAGCCAGAAAUUGAUUCUAAUAUGAAAAUUCCAGUCAGGCCGCAAGCCCGACGAAUUGAGAGCUGGAGGCAGACUAUUCAGAGGACUGCGUUUAUUCCGAUGGAGGAAAUGAUUCGGCGUUUGGGGAAUACGUUCGAUUUAAGUAGGGAAUUGUCGCUAAUGCAGUCCCGGAGUCCCGACGCCGCUCACGACUCGCCGGAGAGAAGCAACGUGCUGCUGAACAGAUUCUUGACUUCGAGAGGAAUUCGAAGAGAAAGGGGUCCCGUGGCGCCGCCGGAUAAUGUGAUCGAUUUGACGGAAACUGCGACGGGAAAUCUCGGCUAUGACAUGAGGGAUAAUCGUCGUUUUUCAUCACUGUUGCUUCGCAGGUCGAAUUCUCAUCGGGCUGCCACGAUUUCUAACCUUACGUCCGUUGUGAACUCUGCCGAGAGCCUCGUUGCUGAGAGGUUGGUUGAAUCGUACUUCCAUGGAAACCCUGUCGAUAGAAAUCAGGAGCUACCUCUCCCUGUCGACGAUAGGGAUUCUCUAUCGAGCAUUGCUGCUGUUAUACAUUCGGAGAGCCAAACAGUCGAUAAUGCCGUUGAAAUUGAUUCGACAGUUUCGCUUUCUACUUCGUCUUCCAGGAGAAGAAAUGAUGCGUCGAGAAUUUCAGAUGUGGACAGCGGUGACUCCCGCGCGCCGAGGAGAAGAAGGUUGAACUGAUCAUGGAAUUCGAUUGGGUACAUGUUGAUCGUUAUAUUUCUAUUGUCGUCGUCGUCAUCGUCGUCGCCGCGGCCGGAAGGCUCUACAGAAAUGGUUAGUUUUCUUUCCAGGUAGCUUUAGCUGGUAUGGGCAUUAUAUCGUAUCUAAGAAUGUUUCCAGUUUUGUAGUUUAACUUUAACCAUAUGUUGUUGCUUGUAAUUUAUCUGUCUGUCUAUCUAUCUAUAUACGUUUUAUGUGGCAUAUGC